CCCCUUUUCCAUCAGAUGUCGUUUUAUAAUCAUUUCCGGUAAAAGAAUAACAACGAAAAAAAGACAAUAACAUCGGGUCAACACAAAAUUGUGUUAUCUUGAAGAAAUCUCUAGAUGGCAGCACAGGAGUAGACAUUUUAUGUCUGUUGUUUGCGGACAAUAGGCCAGUAUGGAGCAUGUAUCAGGCGUGGCUACCACACCCUACCCUAAUGGUCCAGUAAUGUCGCAGCCUGGGGUCAGUGGUUCGAGCCCAGUUGAGGAGAAUGUGAAGGUUGCGAAGGCCAGCCAUCAGGAGUACGAGGAGUCUCUCAAGAUCGUGCUGGGAACCGUGUUUGGUGUGUUUGGUGUCGUAGGGAUUAUCAUCAUUGUCGUGCUUCUCUAUCGCUACUACAAGAGUAGGGGCCAGCGACGGAGAUCGGGCAGUUCAGACAGAAAUACUAGCUUGCACAGAUCUGUGUCUAUUGAUCUAGAGCACAAGCAGAUGCCCACAGUGCUGAUCUUGCAUUCCUACGACUGCAGUGCGCAUGAAAAAGUUAUCGAGUCACUCGCCGGCUUCCUCAUCGAGACAUGCAGCUGCAAUGUGCAUGUUGAUCUGUUUGAAGAACAGGUGAUUCACGAAAGGGGGUUGGAUGAUUGGCUAGUAGACAAUCUUCAGGAGGCGGAGUUUAUUAUUGUCAUCUGCUCUGUUGGCGCUCGUUUACGCUGUAGUAAAAAGAAAGUGAAGUUUAAACAGGAUCCGGCUAAAACAUUGCCUGAUUAUUUUGCUGUUGCAGUUGAUUAUGUUGCAGAGAAAAUACGAGUUGAGCGGUCGAAAGGAAUGCCACUAACUUCCUUCUGUGCUCUUUACAUGGAUUACUCAACGGUUAAUGAUAUUCCACCACAGCUUGAAAUGGCUUAUAAGUUUUGCUUAAUGAAGGAUAUUACUGAACUAUUUUGUCAUCUUCAUGGCAUAAAUGGUCAGCCAACAAAGGAUGGCUCGCCUAUUCUAGGCCUUACACCUGACACAUUCGACACGACAGAAAUGGGACAAGAGCUCAAAGUUGCGAUAGAAUCAGCCAAAGAAUUUUUCAGGGCAAACCCUGACUGGGUGGAAGGGAGAAUGGAACCGAUGCCAAUGCCUGUGAAGUCAAAGUCCCGACAUCAUCGAAAGCGUUCUGAUGAGCCCUUGUUGCUUGCCCAACAUUUAGAGUCCCCCAAUCCCCAACCUACUUCCCACAUCCACCCCAGUGAAAUUUCAGUACAGCCCUUGCCAAUCCAUUCUCCUCAUUCCAAAGACUUUUCUCUAACAUGUUCUACAAAGAAGAAGUAUUGCUACCAUUCAGGUAAUACCAGCAACAAUGCUUUGUUGCCGCCUCCCAUUCAGCACAAUUCUAAAAGUUGUGACAACGUACCUUGUGAAUCUGUCAUGCAUUGCGACCUUUGCGGUCUCGAAGGUCACGAAAUCGGAAGUCCCCAAUGCCGCCUGAAGCACUUUAUACUUUCUCAAGAGAUCGAUAGUGUUGAUAAUGAUGAUAGCAUUAAAUUGAAAUCAAAAUCGAUGCCUGCAGUGAACAGGAACAGUCUGUACAGCUCACAGACAAUAUUUAAAGCAGAUGUCCAUAAGGAAUGGGACGACAAUGACGGCAGUCUCUCACACGCUGAUUCUCAGGAUUCUGACUCAAACGCGGAUUCCUCAGUUGACGACCUUGAAAAGGAUCUCGAAUCAAUUGUGAACCCUUCAUUUGCUCACAAGCAGCGUACGUCUUAUUCCCACUCCAGUUUCGAUAACAUUGCUAAAGUAAAUAAUGUGCUUCAGUUACCGAGAAUGGAAAACAUAUCAGAAACUGGUAACAAGAGAAUGCCUUCAAACAAAUGUCAUGACCUUUUAAGUGCCUGGGGUCAAUACCAAAUAGAGGCUUUCAGCCAAUCAUCUGAGGGAAAAGAUCGAAACUUUGAUCAUAUACAACUGGAGGAGUUUACACUCAGGCUAUAGAUAUUUCUUUACUUGUGUAUUCUAUUCUCUGUAGAUAGUUUGCUAAUCUCUGCUAUUCAUACCUGAGUACAUGUAUUUAUUUAUACUCUAGUUAAUUAGUGAAUUAGGUUUGAAGUUACCUGAAUGAUUGGAACAAAAAUAAUGAUUUUCUUUGUGAGAUGCAAGUUUCAACAUUUUGAUUAAAAGAAAAACAAUUGCGACUGUUUUGUUUAAAAAAAAUCGUAUGUGAUAUGUAAUAUGACAAAAAGAAGUGUGUUAUUUCUGUGCAAUACAUGUUUAUAUUAUUUCAUAUUUAUAUUGAAUACAAACGAGCUGCACAACUAGAGCCAUUCUUUUAUUUGAGAUGGAUACACUUUUGGUUGAACCUUUUAGUUUCUACCAGUAGAUUUGCAUAAGCAUUUAAGUCAAUCUCAAAACACUGAUUUAUUAGCUAAUUGAAAUUCUUCUUUGUGCAGUUCAUUCUUUCAUUCUUUCUUUAUUUUUAGAGGAAUAAAACAUAAUUGUCAUAAUACAGGGCACAAAUGAUAUGUUAUUUUGAUUUACUAUUUACUCAUUCUUGAUGAAACUUUGGUAAUAUUUAGGCCAAGUUCGAAUCAUGUGUCUGAAUAAUAGAUCACCAUGAUAUAUAUAUUUUUUUUAUACACACAAUAUAUUACCACCCUAGUACUAAUGUUUAUAAGACAGCAUGAUGAAACAUGAUCAGAAUGUUUAUAUUGACAAUAUCAAGACCAUGCACUAAUUUGGGUCAAGUGUGGUAAAAGACUUGGUCACCAUGCUAAGUAUUGAACAAUUGAUGUUCCUUGACCUCGUUCAGUGCUUGUUAGCUCACCUGAGCACAACGUGCUCAUGGUGAGCUUUUGUGAUCGCCUUUUGUCCGUCGUCUGUCGUGCGUUGUCGGUCGUGCGUUGUCCGUUGUGCAACGUCAACAUUUGCCUUGUUCACUCUCUAGAGGCCACAUUUAUUGUCCAAUCUUCAUGAAAUUUGGUCAGAAGAUUGGUUUCAAUGAUAUCUUGGAUGAGUUCGAAAAUGAUUACGCUUGCUUGAAAAACAUGGCUGCCAAGUGGCGGGGCAUUUUUCCUUAUAUGGCUAUAUAUGGCUAUAGCAAAAUCUUGUUAACACUAUAGAGGCCACAUUUAUUGUCCGAUCCUCAUAAAACUUGGUCAGAAGAUUCAUCCCAAUGAUAUCUUGGACGAGUUCGAAAAUGAUGUCUGUUGGUUUAAAAACAUGGCCGCCAGGGGGGCGGGGCAUUUUUCCUUAUAUGGCUAUAGUAAAACCUUGUUAACACUCUAGAGGCCACAAUUAUUUUUCGAUCUUCAUGAAACUUGCUCAGAUGAUUUGUCCCAAUGAUAUCUUGGAUGAGUUCAAAAAUGGUAACCUUGGCUUGAAAAACAUGGUUGCCAAAAGGCAGGGCAAUUUUCCUUAUAUGGCUAUCUAUAACUAUAGUAAAAUCUUGUUUACUUUCUAGUUUGCUCAUUCUUCAUGAAAUUUGGUCAGAACAUUGGUUUCCUGUGUAGUAAAGUUUGGUUUUAUUAUGUCAAUAUUAUGUGACAUUAACUGUGUUAUGUAAUUUUUUAUAACACAGAAUUUUCAUAGUUAACAUAACUGUUUUAGUCAUUAACACUUAUGAUAAGCCUUGCAACUAAGAGAUAACUGAAAGAAAGACGACAUGUUCAUGAAUUUGCAGUAUUUAUCUCCCUUGUUUAACCUGGUUCAAUAAUCUAUUUUUAGUUCUGCUCUGGAAUUUGGGAAGAUAUUGAUCAUUGAUAAAUGCACUGUUCUGAGGGAAAAUUGACUACUCUGCCAUUGAUCUCUUCUGAACUGUAUAAAAUAAGCUGUUUUGGCUGAUUUAAACACCUCUUGAUGCUUUCUUGAAAAGUUAACAGCUCUUGAAAAAGGUUCCAAUUUUGAAAUAAAUAAACUCUAAAUUAUUAUACCCCCAUUACUGGUAAGGGGGGCUAUAUAGGAGUCACUUUGUCGUUCUGUCUGUCUGUCGGUCUGUCUUUUUGAAAAUUUCAUCUGAUCUUCGCCAAACUCUGUCAGAAAUUGUAUCUAGAUGAUAUCUAGGUCAAGUUUAAAUAUGGGUCAUGCCGGGUCAAAAACUAGGUCACAGGGUCACUUAGUGCGUUUUAAACCAAAAGUUUGUCCGGACCAUAACUAUGUCAUUUAUCGUUUUUAAAAUGACUUGGUACAUUUGUUCACAAUCAUGGGAUUGUGUGUCACGCGAAAGAAUUAUGUCAAUAUCUCCAAGGUCAAGGUCACACUUGGAGUUCAAAGGUCAAUUGCUUGUCUGGGCCAUAACUUUGUCGUUCAUUGUGAGAUUUUGAAAUCAUUCGGCACAUUUGUUCACCAUCGUUAGACGGUGUGUCGCGCGAAAGAAUUACAUCGAUAUCUCAAAAGUCAAGGUCACACUUUGAGUUCAAAGGUCAAAAAUGGCCAUAAAUGAGCUUGUCCGGGCCAUAACUGUAUUGUUCAUUGUGAGGUUUUUUAAAUCAUUUGGCACAUUUGUUCACCAAAAUUGGACGGUUUGUUGCACAAAAGAAUUACGUCGUCAUAUCCAAGGUCAAGGUCUUACUUUGAGUUCAAAGGUCAAAAAUGGCCAUAAAUGAUCUUGUCCGGGUCAUAACUAUGUCGUUCAUAGUGAGAUUUUAAAAUCAUUUGGCACAUUUGUUCACAGUCAUUGAACGGUGUGUCGCGCCAAAGAAUUACGUCGAUAUCUCCAAGGUCAAGGUCACACUUGGAGUUCAAAGGUCAAAAAUGGCCAUAAAUGAGCUUGUCUGGGCCAUUAUUAUGUCGUUCAUCGUGAGAUUUUAAAAUCAUUUGGCACAUUUGUUCACCAUCGUUGGACGGUGUGUCACGUGAAAGAAUUAUAUAGAUAUCUUCAAGGUCAAGGUCAUUUUUUGAGUUCAAAGGUCAAAAAUGGCCCUAAAUGAUUAUGCUAUAAUAAUUAUUAAAAAUCGCCAUAAAUAUGCUUCUCUUGUUUUGUGAGGACAGCAUGCAAAAUAGUCUGUGUCAAUGCAGCAUGUGGGGGUAUACGUCGCGUCUGUGACAAAGCUCUAGUUUUUAACACCAGCAUUCAUGAUUUUUGGCAUUAUUUUCUAAAUUAUUCUUAUUAUUUAGAUUAUUUUUAUUUGGCAUUUUCUAAAUUAGAAAGACUCUAUUCUAUUUCAAUAACUGUAGAAAUUUCUCUUAUUUUUACAUGUGAUUCACUGAAGUUUCCUAAUCUCCAUUAAUAUUGUUCUUUAAAUUAAAUUAGACCUAUUUUGUAAACUAGAUUUUUGAAGCACUUUCUUUUUUGGACAGAUUUUGAACUUCUUUUUACAGUCAUUAAGGUAUUUGCUGUAUGUUGUUCAUUUUUGUAACGAUACUUAGAUUCUUUAGACUUGGCUUGUACCUGUUCUUAAUUUUCUGUCAUUGUUCUUCAUUUUCCGAGUUCUUGGAAUAAAAAUUAGAUAUUUUUGUUAAAGCUGCCUUGGUUUUCACUUAUAAAUAAAUUCUUUGAGUGUAUUUAGGCGUCCCUGACUGAACGCCUCUAGUUAAUUGAAUUACAACCAGUCAGUAUAUUCAUCCUGACCGGAAAUAAGAGUUUGUCAAAUAAAUAUUUCCGCAUUACAGAAGUGCUCACAAAGUUACAUAACUUGUAACCGUCCUAUGACCGGUUCAUUUGCGUAAGCGAAGGAGACCGCACUACCACACCUGGAUAGGACAGUUGAGUUCGAUAAUGGUUUGGAUCGGUAAAAAAACAUGGCCGCCAGGGGGGGGGGGGGGGGGUCUUUUUCCUAAUAUUAAAAAAGCUUGUGAACACUCUAGAAGUCACAUGUUUUGCCUAAUCAUCAUGAAAUUUUGUCAAAACAUUAGUUAUGUAGAUGUCUGUGACUAGUUUCAAAAUGGUCGUGAUCAGUGAAAAAACAUGGCCGCCAGGGAGUGGGGCAGUUUUCUUUAUAUGUUAACACUGUAUUAUGUGAAUUGGGAAUAAGACAUCAAUUUGGGAAUAAAUUGUGUUUUAUCAAAAGUGCAUAAUAUGCAGUUUUAUAUGUUGUAUUUUUCUACUUUGACAAUUUAUAAUUAAAACAGAUACUUGCAUAUAUAAUAGUAUCAUUUAAAUUGAUUUUACUUCAAAACUGGAUUUUUUAUUAAUUUUACAAAAAAUCCUCAUGAAAUUAAACUGUGUCCAUGCCGCGCAUGGACAUGGUUUAAAAAUACACUUUAAAUGAUAAAAAUACAAUCACUGUUAAUGAAAAAGUCAUGGAAAAUUGCUUAUUAAGCUUAAAUUAUAGAUAAUAUAUUACAAAAAUAAAUGUAGAUCAUGAAAUGAAUAGUUUUGUUAGAGAAAAUCACAAAAAUGAUGUCCAUUCCCAGUUUGAUGUCUUAUUCCCAUUUCACAUAAUACAUAUAGUGACAACAUGUGAACAGUCUAGAAGACACAUUUUUUUCCCUAUCUUCAUGAAAUUUGGACAUAUCUUGGAAGAGUUAAUAAAUGAUUCAGGUCUGUUAAAAAAACAUGGCCGUUCAUUUGUUGUUCAUUCUUCAUGAUACUUGGUUAGAACAUUUGUUCGAUUGAUAUCUUGGGCUGCAAAGAACAGGUCAUUUCUUUUUAUCUCAGGUGAGCGACUUUUGGCCUUUCAGGCCCUCUUGUUUUAUAAUUUUUAAGAAAUUGAUGUUAUUCUAUGCAUAAUGAUGGUUUCCAAUUGUUUAAACUGACAAAUUGCGAAAAUAUCAAAAUGAGUAGGCCACUAUCACUUGUAUUUUGUGGAAAAAAAAGUGUUUUAAUUAGGGAUGGCAUCGAAUACCAAUAUCGGUAUUCGAAUGUUCGCAAAUUCAUUCAAUCGAAUAUUCGCAUAAAACGGCUGGAUUGAUUUUACCUUGUUAUGUGCUAAUUUCCAUUGGUUUGUUAGUUAUAUCUGUUUGCUAAAUACUAGGCUGUAUUAACGUUGCUAUCGAAUAAACGUAUCGCUGUCGACUAAUACUAUGACUGAUACUGUGAUCGGGCACAAAUAGAAUGAAAAACAUUGUGUCAUAUAAAUUUAUUUUUUAAUGAUUCCACAGAUUUGUAGCAGAUUGCGCAUAUGUAAAACUAAGUUUACAAACAUUACACGUUGCGGUCUCCUUUUCCACAGACCUUGUAAAGUAUUCCAUACUGCAGAAGGGGCUGGUGGCAUUUUCAGAUUUGAAUUAUGAUUCCUUGAUGAUUGUUUAAUUUAUAUCAUCUGUUACUUUUGAGUAUUUCACAUAUUUAAAUGUCUGUUCAAACUGUGAUCACAAAAACUAAAUUAUUAUUCGCAAGUAAAUUGAAGCCCUUAAUUGGUACCUAAUUGACAAACAACAGUUCGGGCCCUUUCUUAUAGUAAGUAUGUUGCAUUGCGCGAUUUGAGUAAUUCACACAUUUUAAUGGCUGUACAUACUGUGAUCACAAAACUUAAUUAUUAUUCGCCAGUCAAUUGAAACCGUUAAUUGGCACCCCAUUGGCAAACAACAGUCGGGGCCUUUCUUAGAGCGUGUAUAUUGCAUUUCGCAAUUAACACUGAUACGGGCCGCAGUAUCAGUGUGACAUGAAGAACGUCACGUCAAACAUGUUACUCCCUAGUGAUUUCGGUUGCUUUUUAGUAAGCGGUUCGCAGGUCAUUAAAUAUUGGUGAAAUUACGUUUGGAAAAAAAAGGCGAAUAUGCGAAUAUCAUAUUUAUUAUUCGAAUGCUGACCAUUCAAUCGAAUAUUUGAUUAUUCGAAUAAUUUUGCCAUCCCUAGUUUUAAUGCCACCUUUCACCUACUUAUUCUUGGACCCUUCAGCUUGUCCCAUCAUCCAUCUGUCUGUACUUACGAGGAUAAUCUAAAAUGACCUGUUCCUUAAAAUAUCAGAGAUCAUGUUUUUUAACAAUAUCAACACAAAUCGUUUGACCUCAUUUAGACCUUGACCUUGUUUUGGACCUAGACUAAUUCAGAAGAUCAAAAUUCAUGGUAAACCCAAACUGACAGUUUAGUUAACGUCCAUACUACUGAGUAAAAUGCUGUGGUAAUUUUAUUCAACACUAUGAACACUCAUGUCAAGUGACCUAAGUAAGACCUUGACAUGACUUAAUGUUGGAGAAUUAUUCAAUGGGCCAAUAAGGGCUAACACAGGUCAAAAAUAUUCUUCUGGUCGGGUCUGCAGGUCAAAAUUUAAAUACCCGAGAAAACUCUGGUCGGGUUGGGUCAGAUAAUACAUAAGUUAAUUAAAAUAAAACUACAUUAAUUGACAUAGCAUUUUUAGCAUUCUUAAAUGUUUGACUGUUUGUCAAGUAUAUUGUUUAGAAUAUUAUACUUUUUAUUGGUUUGAUUUAUUUAAUUAUGAAUGAAAUACUGAACUGCAUAUAAAUAUUUAAUAGGUUUACACAACGUUGUUGAACUUAAUCAGCAAAUGUUAGUACCGGUAUUACUUGGAAUAGCAAUCAAAAGUGCAUGUACAAUGUAUAGGAAAAACAUCCUGUCAAGCAAAAAUAAAGCUUCCUUUAUUUUGAGUAGACAAGCCAAAAUAACUUUUACUUUAAGCUCUAACUGCCUUUCUACUUACUGCCUUUCUACUUUGAAGUCAAUAUAUUUUAUUAUGCCCCCCUUCGAAGAAGAGGGGGUAUAUUGCUUUGCUCAUGUCUGUCUGUCGGUCGGUCUGUCGGUCAGUCCACCAGGUGGUUGUCAGACGAUAACUCAAGAACGCUUGGGCCUAGGAUCAUGAAACUUCAUAGGUACAUUGAUCAUGACUCGCAGAUGACCCCUAUUGAUUUUGAGGUCACUAGGUCAAAGGUCAAGGUGGCCAGAAAUAGUAAAAUGGUUUUUGAAUGAUAACUCAAGAACGCAUACGCCUAGGAUCAUGAAACUUCAUGGGUAGAUUGAUCAUGACUUGCAGAUGACCCCUAUUGAUUUUGAGGUCACUAGGUCAAAGGUCAAGGUCACGGUGACCCGAAAUAGUAAAAUGGUUUCCGGAUGAUAACUCAAGAACGCAUACGCCUAGGAUUAUGAAACUUAAUGGGUAGAUUGAUCAUGACUUGCAGAUGACCCCUAUUGAUUUUGAGGUCACUAGGUCAAAGGUCAAGGUCACAGUGACCCGAAAUAGUAAAAUGGUUUUCGGAUGAUAACACAAGAACGCAUACGCCUAGGAUCAUGAAACUUCAUAGGUAGAUUGAUCAUGACUUGCAGAUGACCCCUAUUGAUUUUGAGGUCACAAGGUCAAAGGUCAAGGUCACUGUGACCCGAAAUAGUAAAAUGAUUUUCGGAUGAUAACUCAAGAACGCUUUUGCCUAGGAUCAUGACACUUCAUAGGUACAUUGAUUGUGACCCGCAGAUGGCCCCUUUUGAUUUUCAGGUCACUAGGUCAAAGGUCAAGGUCACAGUGACAAAAAUCAUAUUCACACAAUGGCUGCCACUACAACGGACAGCCCAUAUGGGGGGCAUGCAUGUUUUACAAACAGCCCUUGUUAUACAAGUUUUGUUUUUUAACGUCGUCAUUUUGGGAUGUGAAUAACAAAUGAAACUUCACGUUAAUGCUUUUGGUGCAUCACUUAUAUUUAUUUAUGGUUAUUUGUAAUAACAACACUGCUUAAAAUGAUAAAGGAUGUAAUUUUACUUAACUUGUUUAAAGGAGAUGAUUUUACUACACGUUCAACAUGUAAUAUUGUACUUCGUAGCUAGCGACCUGAACUGGUAUCCUUUGCAGAAACGUUGACCCGGAUCCGCGGGUAUUUUUUUGACCUGUGGAUUCGGGGUUUUUCGGGUACCCGUUUGAGCACUAGGGCCAAUUAAUCAAUACUAACAAACGUCUCAUCAGGGAUAUCAGCAUGUAUUGAGCUCAGCAUCUUAUUGCUAUUUGCAAGAAUGAAGUACAGGUAAUUGUGUUUAUAAUAUUUGAAUUUAUGUACCAGUAUACCAUACAAAUUAUAUGUUUUAAUUUAUUGUUGUUUAUCAAUCAUUAAACUAAAAUUUCCCAUGCAUAGUAAGUAAUCCAGAAAAUGUUAAAUAGACACUCAGCUUGAUUUCAUAAAUGUUUGAGCAUUGGAAAUUAGAACUAUAUUCAACUAUGCUGUGCUAAGGUUUUGGACUUCAUGUUGCAUUGUUAAUGAGAUGUUAUACGACCUUCGUUUUUAAUUGUCUAGAGAAGUGUCAUGUUAGAAUGCAUUUGAAUGCGCAAUCAGUGUAUGCAGUUUGCUGCAUAUGAUGAAAUGAUGGGACUUGAUGGUUUUCAGUUUUUUAUGCAAGAUACAAUUAAGCUGUAUAUGUGUUUGUUAGGUUUGAGCUGAUGUGAACAAAAGGAAUCAGGAAGUCUGAAUGCUGAAUCUUAACAUAGCAUAUACAAUGUUACAAAGUACAAAAAUGUAUACCUACAGCAUGAAAACUAAUUGAUUGCCUUCAUUUUGUACACUUUUCAAACCUUAUUGAAUUUCUUUGUUAUGGGGAAAAUAUAUAGCUGCCAUGCAAUUAAAAGACCACACUGUAGUGUUUUGUUUCUUCUUUCAAAGAUGAUUAUCUGAGAAGAUUGCCUAAAGAAUAGUCUGUCAAUUAUGUAGACAUUGGUUACCUAAUUCCAGCUCUGUUUAACAGUGGUUGUUGUGUGUCAAACAUGUAGUUGUGCUAUCACACACUUAUCAUACCAAAACUGUAUAAAUUAUGUAAAAUGAACUCGUUGUACACUGAUUGCUCCAGAUAAUGUUAAACAAUAAGAGACCCUUGCAAUUUUUGCCAAGGCUUAUUUUACUCCCCAUUUAUUAGCUAUAAAUGGUAUUUUACAUUGCAAAAUGUACAUUCAGUUUUUCAUACAUAUGUUAUACAAAUGUAUAUGUUUAACUGAUAUUAAAAUGCAAACGCUUAACCUUUUAAAUUCUCUGACAAAGUUGUGCAAUGUAUGUGACGUUUGUUGAGAAAUAUACCUCUAUCACCAUUGUAUUUCGCUUAUUGAAAUAAGUUAAUAAGCAUAUGUACAUUUCAAUUAGAUACUUUUGAUGUACCGUAAAUAUUCAAUUUCUAUUUGCAGGCAAAUUUCAAUGCAAAUGUUGAAUAUUGUUGUCUAUUGUCUAACACAACAAUAAGUGGAUGAUAUUCAUACACAUGUGAGAAGCAAUUUUGAAAUUGAAUAUAACAUAUAACAAAUAAGUAAACUAUUCACAUGAUUGUGCAUAAACAUAGAUGGAUAUCUCAUUUACAUGAUAUGUCUUAUAAAUAAAACACAUUUA